GUUCAAGAGACAGACAGUUGCUCAUUUGUCUGCUGUCCUUUCUCUCUCACUCUUUCUGUCAGUUUCCAGCCUUCCCAUCUGUAUGUGAUUUGGACACAGGCUCAGGGGAGAGGCAAGUCCGCUAAGGGAGAAGAAUCAGGGCAGGGAGGGAGUGAGGGAAUGAGGGAGUGAGAGAGAGGGAGAGAGAGAGAGAGAAAGGGAGGAAGUCCACACAAGUUUGUUUUACGGGACUCAGCCCGGGCCGGGACGAGGGGCAGUGCCGCAUCUGGACGUCGGGGAAAAGUGAAGCCAACCAGUGCAGCCGAGCAAAGAGGAAGCUGCCCAGAGACUUUCCCGACCGCCAGGAGACACUGACUGACGGAGAAGAGGGGAAUCACUGGGCAAAAAACACAAACAUGGCUGCUAAAACUCUGUCCUGGCUCUGCCUUCUCUGCAUCCUCUCAGGGACUGUCUAUCCAGCUUCUGCCGCCAGGCUUGGGGAACAGCAACAGUCGGUGCUGAAAGUGUGCACAAAGGGAUUUUUCCUCAGCGAGCAGAACAUAUGCCUACCAUGUAACUGCAAAGGCCACGCUGACUACUGUGAAGACAUCACUGGUGUUUGUAUAAACUGCAGAGACCGCAGUACAGGUGAUUUCUGUGAAAUGUGUGAAGACGGAUACAUGGUGGCUCCCACCCUGGAUGGACGCCACACCUGCAAACCCUGCGCCUGCCCCCUGUCCGUCCCCUCCAAUAAUUUCGCAGUGCACUGUGACAGAGGAAGUGCCAUUCUGCGGUGCAAGUGCCAAGAGGGCUAUGCUGGACAUAUCUGUGAGAGGUGUGCUCCUGGGUACUAUGGCAACCCAAUGGCAAUUGGUAAUUCCUGCAAGAGGUGCGACUGUAACGGCAACUCCGACCCGAACCUGAUCUUCAGCGAGUGCCACAACGUGACGGGUCACUGCCAGCACUGCUGGGGAAACACCGCUGGCGCCAACUGCGAGAGGUGCGCUCCAGGUUUCUACGGCGACGCCAUCAGUGCCAAGAACUGCAGAGAAUGCGAGUGCAACAAAUGUGGCACCUCUUCAUGCGACGACAGGACAGGAGUGUGUCACUGCAAGCCAGGAGUCACUGGACGACUCUGCGACCAGUGUGAGGAGGGCUACUCUGGUUUCUCCAGCUGUCAGGGCUGUCGGAGGUGUGAAUGUGGGCAAGCUUCCCUUCGCUCCACCUGCCAUCCCCUCACUCACAGCUGUCCAUGCCGCCCGGGGGCCGGAGGUCGUUACUGCGAGCGCUGCCUCCCAGGAUACUGGGACUACAGCCCCUCCGGCUGCCAGAAGUGUGACUGUGAGAGCGGCUACUGUGACAUGCAUACAGGAGAAUGCCUGGCCGAGGCUGCAACAGUCAACCUGUGCAACAUCAGUUGUGAUGAGUGCAUUUGGCAUCUGAUUGGAGACUUGCGUCUGUCCAAUAAGACACUGGACCAGCUCAAAGUUGGAGUGUUGAACAUCUCCACUGGUGCUGCUGCUAACGACAGGCUCAAGUACUACAACUACACCGCUCAUCGACUGCAGACUCAGUUUGAAAACUGGAGAAACAAGUCGUCUAUGAUGAAGACCCAGACUGGUGAGCUGGAGGAGGCGACAGACGCUGUGGUGUUGGACAUCAAACGGCUGGGAGAGUCGGAGAGUGUGGUGAAGAAUCUGGGGAGCGAGUUGGAUACCGACACUCUGGAGACCUUCACCCUGGCUGAGCAGCUCAGCACGAAUCUCACCGACCUCAACAUACGUAUUGAAGAGAUGAUCCAUGACUGGGAGCUGUACAGCGUUCAACGGGAUGUGGAUCCGGAGGUGGUCAGACAAAACACUGAGGCGGCUCAGGAGAUGGUGAACUGGAUGAGGACACUGGACCUGUCGCCGCGAGAGCCCAUCGCCACCGAUGAGUCGACUGAGGCCCACGAUUUGCUGAGGCGCAUCCGUCAGUUGGAGAAGAAGCUGGUGAUGACGGACGGCCGCCUCCCAUCCAUCAGAGAGGUUCUGACCCGACUCUCCAGCAGGCUGUCGGACGCCCGUGGAUUUCUCCUGAAAGCAUCUAGCACCGUGCAGGAGACUGAGGACAAGAACAGAGCCAGCGUCCUCAAAUUCCAGAGGAAAGAGGUGAUUUCUCAUAACCCCUCUCAGCUCCAGCUACAACCUUCACUCACCCCUCCUUCAACACUCCUCAACAACUCUGUUUGUCAGUAUGGAUGCAUCGGUAUAUGA